AUGUUGCCUACUUCACUUCUGCAGCUUGCCCAGUUUCUUCUUCCUCUUUCAAUCUCGGCGAGCGCCGCUCUUGCUGGCGACUCCUCACACGCCUCCCACUUCCGGGUGUCCACAUAUGGCUCGGGUGUGAGAUAUGCGGCUGCGAACGAGUCCGAAGGCAGUGGCAACGUUAUUUCGACUGGCGACAACCUCGCUUAUACCGUCAACAUCACUCUGGGUGGAGUUGACUUCGUCGUGUUACUGGACACCGGGUCGUCUGAUCUAUGGGUGAACACCACUGGACGCGAUCUCCAACUCACGAACACGACCGAUCUCAAGGUUGACAUUGGUUAUGGAAAGGGUUCUCUCUCGGGCUAUGUCGCAUUCGCCGACAUGACCCUCGGAGACUUCAAGAUUCCCGGCCAAGCCUUUGUCGACCCUACGGAGCUCCACGACUUCUCAUUGAUAGGAUUCGACGGUAUCAUGGGUAUGGCGUUCGAUUCCGCGUCGAUCCACAACACUGUGUCACGUGCAUGGGGACCCGAGGCUGCAAACCAGCUCGCUACGGCGCCCAUCACCUCCCUUUUCGCCGACAACCCCACCGCGCCAAACAACUUCGACGUCCAGCUCGCGCGCUCCAGCACCCUCGAGGACGAAGCCGACGGCGUGUUUAUCAUCUCUGAACACGACAAAAACUUCCAGCCCGUCGCCCUCGCACCGAAGCUGCCGACCGUGAACACUGAUCAUUGGAGUAUCGCCAUGGACGCAAUGCUCGUUAACGGCAUCCCGUUCGCGUUUAACCAGUCACGCAUCGAGGGUGUUCCCAACGGGAAGAUCGCGGCCACCCUUGACACUGGCUUCUCGUUUCCGCCUCUCCCAGGACCCGCCGUGGACGCCAUCUGUGACUCCACGAUCCCAGGGGCGGUGUUCAUCGGUGGCGGCGAAAACGUGUGGAUGGUCCCUUGUGAUGCGGCCACCAAUCUCACCUUCGUCUUCGGCGACCAAGAGUUCCCUAUUCACCCGCUCGACCUUACUUUCCCCUACGUUUUCAACACGAACGGCAUGAACGCGACGGUUUGCCUCAACACCUACCAGUACCUCACGCUCGACCCGAACAACUUCGUGGGCUUCGACAUUAUCCUCGGCGACGCCUUCCUCCGCAACGUCUACGCCUCCUUCGACUACUCCGACUUCUACCCCGGCAACAACACUGUCUCCUCGCCCUUCGUCCAGCUCCUCUCCACCACCAACACUUCCUCCAUGUGGGACGAGUUCCACACGGAGCGCGCCGCGGCGCUCGCGGAGCUCCCGGCAGCCAUCGACCCCGCGGUACUCCUCAAAUACGCCACGGACACGUCCUCGCAGUCAAACGGCACCAGCGCCAACACCGUCGCCGGCGCCGCCGCGGCCAACAGCGACCCAUCGGGUUCGAGCGACGACAGCUGGAGCAAGAAGUACGGCAUGAUCGCGCUCGUGCUCCUCGGCGCGAACCUCCUCAUCGGCCUCGUUCUCCUCGGGGUCACGGUCACGAUGUGCGUGCGCUCCGCGAAGGGCCGCCGGGAGGCGCGGUACCAGCCCGUGCGCUUCAAGGAGGCCGCCGGCGAGCCCGACUACGAGCGCGGCAGCCUCAAGUACAGCGACUGA